UAGAUGAUGAGCCAGUCGAAGCAUGUGAUGAGAGUUGUAUAUCAUUGAACAUCUCUGUCAUGUCAAUUAAUGAACCAUUGGAUGAUGAUACUACACCUACUAAGAGUAACAUUGGAUGUAAAACAAGGACGCCUCUUAAAAACAGUGAAAAGAAAAGAGUAUGCAAUUUGUGUGGAUAUACAACCAAAUGGCACUACCAUUUGAAACGUCAUAUGAAAACUCAUAAUGAUGAGUUCGCAGUGAAAUGUCAUAUUUGUCAAAAGUCUUUUGCUGAUAAAUACGCAGUUGGAAAGCAUAUCAGAUCUAAACACCAGCAUGAAACGUAUAUAUGUGAACACUGUGGAAAGUCUUUUAAGUCUCAAAAUUCAAUACCCAGACAUGUAACAGAAAUACAUGGGGAAGGCUUAAACUAUAGGUGUGAAAAAUGUGGUAAAGACUGUUUGAGAUAUUCUCACUAUCAAGACCACAUAGAUUGGCAUAAUGGAGUUAAGAAAUACAAAUGUAAAUAUUGCCAAAAGUCUUACUUUUGGACAGGUAGUUUAAGUAACCAUGAGUCUGUCUGUAAGGCAAAACAAGAAAAUAAGCCUAUAACAAAGAAGUACAGCUGUCUCUUAUGCAAAAAAAGUUUUUCUCUACAAAGAUAUCUCAAAACCCAUGUAAAGCUACAUGAUACAAAUCAACCAAAAACAAAGUGCUCAAUGUGUACAAAAUCAUUUAGUUCUAAAUCAAAUCUUAAAAGACAUGUUAAGAUAAUACAUAAGGCUGUGUUUUAAAUCUCAUCUGGUGAUGGUUACUACAGAUUUUAAGUAUUGUGUUCAUAUUAGAUAAAACACACUAAAUGUGGACUUUAUGUUUAUGUAUAGCCUACAAUAAAUUUUAGUGUUAAAAACAUGCUACCCGGUGGAGUAGCGUUUUUAUAUUUUUGAAGUUUGAAACUUUGGUCUAUAUAAAAUGUUCAAUUGCUUAAGAGUGCUAUUAGCAGGA